CAGACGUCGACCUUGAAGGCCCCUCUUCACGUUUCGUUUCGCUUCUUUCUGUGCUCCGAACCCAAACCGGCGACACAACGGUGCCGAAAACCGCCUACGUCCGCCGCAAGUCCCAAGUUGGCUUUCUCUAUUUCGGGAAACCUCGCCACGAUUUACGACUCUUUUCCUACAUAAAGAUACCCAUCCAGGCUUCGUUUCUUUUGCUCAAGCUUGACACCACCACUCCCCCAUCCACAUCUAAGCCCGCGAGGCGCUCCAUUCCUUUCUGGUUCCACGCCCAAUCCCUUGCCCCCGAUUACGAACAAUAUACUCAACCAUGUCGCGCCAUCGAAUUGUCCAUACGUUCAACCCCGAUGAUAUCGUGUCCGAAUUUGACGGAGAAGACUAUGGCGAGGAGGAGGAUGAGCUGAGCCCUGAGGACAGAGCCGCCAUGACCCAGGGCACCACUGAGGUUCUAAGAGCUCUUGGGUCCGAGGCCAACAAAGUCACGACAGAGCAGAUCCAGGAGGCACUAUGGCACUAUUACUACGAUCUCGACAAGUCCGUUACCUACCUCAUGAAAACGUACAUCGCCCCGCCACCACCAAAGCCAGUUACAAAGAAGGCUCCAGAAGGUACGUCUAGCGCAGUAUUUCUUUCUGCUUCGCAACGCCUUUUUGUGCAAGGAAAUGGAGCAGGCCACGGUCGUCGGGCAUAUGGAGACAGCUUGGGUUACGACAUUGGACCUCUGCCACCCACCUCACACUUUCCGGUUAUUCAAAGUCCUAAAGUCUCUCAUUCCGGGUUCUUUGACGACAUGCCGUGGUUGAACGUGCCGCAAGACCGCCUGGCGGUAUUCAUCGAGCCUGUCCGCCCUCGGGGAGGCUUACUCGGCGGUGGCGAAGGCGCACCAAAGAUGUCUAAGCUUCAGGCCCUCGCAGCGGCAAGGAAAAAGAAGAACGACGAGAAGAAGGAGCAGGAUAAAGCACUGCAGACAGAAAAGGGCAUCGCAAAACUAUCCAUCGAUGAUUCAACACAAAAGGAAAACCGAAAGCCACCCAUGUCCGACCUGGCAAAACGACAAAAGACCACGGAUCAGUCUACUCUGCAAUCCCAUACCCAGCCGUUGGCGCCCCCGAAUUCCUCUAUUCCUCAAUCAACAAACCAGACCAAAGAGGCCGGCGUCGUUCCAGGCGGCUUGGAACGGGGGCAUGCCGACAUGCUUGUCAGUCCUCUCACGAAACCCGAUGAAUCUGUGGUCCCGACCCAAACAGCUGCUCCAUCUGCAUUCGCUCAGACUCUCUUUGGACCUGCUCCAGGAGUCUUUGGAUCGCACAGACCUGAUGUUUACGCGAUGCCGUACACAUCUUCGUCCUCCUUUUUUGCCCAGGCCUUCGCCGAGCCAAGUCCAGACGACAUUGUGCUCGCGGCUCAGGCGAAAGCGGGGAAGAAGACUGCGGCCGCUCCAAAGGCAGCGAAGAAGUCUCAAAAAGACAAGGCCACUCCGGAAGGAGAAGCUGCCAAGGACAUUUCAGCAUUAGAAAUCAGCGAUGCGCCGCCACCCAAGAGCAAGGGUCUUGACGUUGUUAAAGAGUUUGAGAACAGUGCAAACAAGAGGAGCAUCAGUUUCGUCGUUGUUGGCCAUGUUGAUGCAGGCAAGAGUACUCUCAUGGGCCGCCUACUCUUGGAAUUGAAAUUUGUGGAGAAACACACGAUUGAUCGUUAUCGAAGGCAAGCUGAGAAAUCCGGGAAGCAGUCAUUCGCUCUGGCAUGGGUUAUGGACCAAAGAAGCGAAGAGCGAGAACGAGGUGUUACCAUUGAUAUCGCCACCAACCACUUCGAAACCGAUAAGACCAACUUUACGAUUCUCGACGCACCGGGGCAUCGAGACUUUGUCCCUAACAUGAUUGCCGGAGCCAGUCAGGCCGAUUUUGCAAUCCUCGUCAUCGAUGCAGACACUGGGGCCUAUGAAAAGGGACUGAAGGGCCAAACACGGGAACACAUCCUACUCCUUCGAAGCCUGGGUGUUCAAAGGUUGAUCAUCGGUGUAAAUAAGCUGGAUGUGAUCCGCUGGAACCAGGAACGGUUCGAUGAGAUUUCCGAGUACAUCGGAGGCUUUUUGUCUGGCCUGGGGUUCCAGGGCAAGAACGUGACCUUCAUUCCGAUUUCGGGUCUCAAUGGAGACAAUCUUGUUAAGCGAACAGAGGACGAGGCGGCAUCAUGGUACACUGGCCCGACUUUGAUUGAGGCACUGGAAAGUUCAGAGCCAUCGGCUGCGCGGGCUCUGAAGAAGCCUUUCCGAAUGGCUAUUUCAGAAGUCUUCCGGUCACAACUAGGAACGACCACCAUCGCUGGCCGCAUUGAUUCAGGGUCUAUCCAGAUUGGUGACCUUGUUUUGGUGCAACCAAGUGGCGAGGAGGCGUACAUCAAGUCGAUCAUGGUCGACUCUGACGUGCAGGACUGGGCAGUUGCAGGACAAAGCGUGAGCAUCGCCCUGACCAACAUUGACCCGAUCCACAUACGAGUCGGCGAUAUGCUCUGCCACAAGACGCAACCCAUCAGCUGCAGCGAUACGUUUACCCUUAAAGCCAUGGCAUUCGCGCAUCUGAUGCCUAUGCCUGUGGACCUUCAUCGAGGGCGACUGCAUGCCGCCGGCCAGAUUCAGUCCAUCACUGCGACGCUCGACAAAGCCAGUGGUUCAAUUGUCAAGAAGAAGCCUAGAAUUGUGCAACCAGGCGAUGUUGCACGAGUUGUUGUCAAAUUAGCAUCCAAGGCUCCUCUGGAGUCAGGGCAAAGGGUUGUUAUUCGGAGUGGAGGCGAGACUAUCGCGGCUGGCCUUUUAGAGUAAGCAUAGGAUAUGGAAGGCAUUGUACCUGGAUUAAAUACAUGAGAGAAAAGCUACAUAAAUGAAAUUUACAAAAG